AAAAGGAGAGGUCCAACAGGGACAGAAACAUAAGUGGAGGGAUCAAGGGCAGAGUAAUCAACUGGUUCAGAGUCGAGGCGGUUCAGAUUUUUUCUGUGUUUUCCCGAUUGUACGGUUAAAGGGUGCUGACAAAUCUCAAAAUGCGGACACUCUGCCUGUUCCUGUUGGUGCUGCUCACAAGCCCUAUGUCAUAUGCAGCUGCACUGGAUAACCGUGUCUUGUCUGUCAUUGUCCUUCGUUUCCGCAAAGCAGCUGGGCGCCAGCUGACCGUUUAUGGGAGAGGACACUUCGCCUUCCUGUUGGCUUUACCUGCUUCCCAGUGCAGAGAGACCAACAGACAUGUAGACUUGAACCUCAGCAGAUCAAGACAUAUUUUCAUUACCGAUGAUGUGAAUAUUUUCCUGAACUCCCUAGGUGUAAAUUACCUCACAGUCUUCCAGAACAGCGGCAGUCGUUGCCCAGAAUGCAAAUUGCUGAACCCCGUCCAGACCAACGGGAACCGCACCACUGCUGAGCUUUUCCAAACUCUGCUGAAUAACAGAAUCCAUCACAAUAACCAGUCAGUGGGCUGUAUCAUUCUCUACACAACCCACAGCCCAUGUCUAGAUCACUGUUUCAGUAACACGGGGAAUUGUGAGAUCAUACCUGCCUUGCAAAGUUCUCCAUUUCUUGACAUAUGGACUGAACCAGACAUUCACAAGUAUUUUGUCUUCAGUAAAAUAUUUGCCAAUGAUGGAGAUCAGAGCCGACGCCAGGAAAUCCGGGAAAAGCUGGCUGCAGUGGAAAGUACCGGGUUUCAUGUCAGAAGGUGUGAUGGAAAAGGCCGAUUCCUGUGUAGAGAAUGCUCCGCACCAGAAUACUGCAUCAAAUAGGCUCCAAGAACUGAUUUAACAUAAUAAGGGAUCUGGGAAUUUCUGAAAAUGGGUGCCAUGCCUGUUCAAAUACAUCUAUCACAUUUCAAAUCAGAAUAAUAAUCUGAAUUUACUAACUUACACUGAUAUCAUUUCUGCUUGUCAUUCAAUGAAUCAUAUUAGAUGUGAUCAGAGAUAAAAUGUUAGUUAUCCACUCAAAAAAUUCAAGAAACCCUCACAGUCAAAAUCAAUUGCAUUCACAACGUCUUUUUCCUGUCCAACAACACAUCUGCAAAUGCAACCCAAUAGUGGUCCCACAGUCUCAGUGUCAGUCUUAUUCUAACCAGUCUUAUUCCUGAUGAAGAGCUCCUGCCCGAAACAUCCAUUUUCCUGCUGCUUGGAUGCUGCCUGACCUGCUGUGCUUUUCCAGCACCACUCUAGACUUGACUCGAAUCUCCAGCAUCUGCAGUCCUCAUUUUCAACUUAUCAAAAUCCUGCUGGUCACUGCAGUUAGAGGUGUUUCAUAACAAUACUUGAUAGUGUUCAGAAAUCAUUUCCAAUGAUGUUGCCAGGGUUACGGGGUUUGAUCGAUAGGGAGAGGUUGAAUAGACUGUACUCCAUGUAAUCUAACCUUGUGAGCCAUUCUACCAUGAGGAACCCUGUCGAACCCCUCACUGAAAUGCAUCUGGUUCCCAUCCAUCCAUCCAUCCAUUAAAAUACAUUUGAAUGAGUACAUGAAUAGGAAGGGUUUUACUGAAUAUUGGCUAAAUGCUGGAAAUGGGGAUGGAUUUAUUUAGGAUACCUGGUAGGCUGUUUCAUUGCUGAAUAUCUCUCUAACUCUCUGACUGUGACUCUAAUACGAAGGUUGUACAGUAGCAUUCAAACACAGUGCUGAAGUUAGAUGUGAAAUACUGUCACUGAGGCUGGUGUCCUUCUUCAAGUCACCCUUUAUUUACACAUCAGCAGCCCUCAUGUCUUAUCACUGUCUCAUUCAGAGACCACAUCUCUGACACUGACAUUUCUUAUCUGUCUGCCAGAUUAACAGCCCCAAUCAUGGAACUCAUAUUCUAUGAGAUCCAACUCGCUGUAAGGUCUCAACGACUGCAAUAUGUACCCUGGAAAUAAAGCAGACGCUGAAGAGAAACAGUUACAUAACCGAAGUAAAGGAAGUGAUACGGCCAUGCUGGGGAGGGAAAGGGAGCUACACAUUUGGGGUGACUCAGAGAGUGGAAAAAAACGAAUGGGAAGGAGACCAGUAAAGAAUGAAUAAAACAGGUUUAAUCGCCUGAAUGAAGCAUUCCAUUAACCAAUUCGUUUCAGAGUUUGGGUGCAGCAUGUCGACAGUUUCCCCUUAAUCGCUCUGCAGUUUCUGCAUCAUUUCCAAAUGUUCUCU